AGCUGUUGAACAGUGGUUUUUAAAUCAGUACCUACUCUGGUCUCGCUUAUUCUAUUAGCUAAUAGCUCACCAUGCAAUUGGUAACAUUAUCUUGUUGUCUAGCAGUAUGCGUGGCACUAGUCACAGCAGAUGCCGCUCAAGACAAAAAAGAGACAAAAGUAGAAACUAAACAAAUUGAACAAGCUGAAUCACAGAAAACGGAAAAACGCGGUCUACACCAUUCCAUCGGCGAUUAUGGAGGUCAUGAUUUCGGUGGUCAUGAUUUCGGCGGUCAUGAUUUCGGCGGUCAUGACUUUGGAGGAGGCAGUGACCACGGACACGAACACCAUCAUCAUCAUGAGCACGUUAAAACCAUAACCAUUGAAAAGAAGGUGCCCGUACCAUACACUGUUGAAAAACAUGUACCAUAUACAGUUGAAAAGAAGGUCCCAUACACCGUGCAUGUGCCCGUACCACAGCCCUAUGAAGUGAUCAAGAAGGUGCCCGUUCAUGUUAAGGAAUACGUUAAAGUACCAGUCCAUGUUCCACAACCGUACGAUGUUAUCAAAAAAGUCCCAUAUGAGGUCAAAGUUAAGGUUGAUAAGCCCUAUGAAGUUAAAGUGAACGUACCAAAACCCUAUGAAGUCAUUAAGAAAGUCCCAUAUGACGUUAAAGUACCCGUACCACAACCUUACGAAGUCAUCAAAAAAGUCCCAUAUGAAGUGAAAGUGGAAGUUCCAGUACCAAAGCCAUACACAGUUAUCAAGAAGGUGCCUUAUGAGGUCAAGGAGUACGUCGAUAAGCCAUACAAAGUGUUUGUGGACAAACCUUAUCCCGUAGAAGUUGAACACAAAUAUCCAGUUGUUGUCGAAAAGAAGGUACCAUACGAAGUCAAGGUUCCAGUUGAUAAACCAUACAAAGUCGAGGUUGAGAAACCAUAUCCAGUACAUGUAAAAGUACCAGUACCAAAACCCUACGAAGUUAUCAAGAAAAUUCCAUACACCGUCGAAAAACCAGUUCCCUAUGAAGUUAAGGUUCCAAUUGACAAACCUUAUCCAGUCUACAAGGAGGUCAAAUUCCCUGUGCAUAAGGAAGUUCCAUAUCCAGUUAAAGAAACUGUCCAUUUCCCAAUCCACUUACCAGAACAUCAUGAAGAACAUCAUCACGAACAUUUCGAUCAUCAUGACCAUCAUGAACAUCAUGGAUAUUAAGUUAACUAAAGGAAUAAAUUGAAUGGGGAGCAUCGAGGUAAACGUAGAGGAAAAGUUUCACUAAAAUUUAUACUUGUUGUGUUUAACGUCGUUAAGUUUAUAGAAAAAAAAUCUUCGACAAAUUUUUUACUUAAAAAGAAACUAUCAAACUCUCAUUAGACUUCCUAUAUUUUUAUAAUUAGAACAAGAAAAUUACCAGCUUUUGUGAUAUAUUUUGUAGAGUGUAAUAUUUCUUGUACUUUUCUGUUUUUCUUUUCUGUUUUUCUUUUUCUUUCUAUUUUAUUUUGACGCAUUUUUAUAUUGUUUCAUGUUAUAAAAACCUUCGACUUACUUUUGUUUUUAUUUUUAUUUUCUCAUUGUAAAAAUUUGUACAGACUUUUAUUAUUUAAAGAAAAAUAAAAUUUAAUAAAAAAAAUUACACAAAACAUA